AUGGCUCUCAGUAACAUUCCAACUGUGACAACGUUCUCGGGGUAUUGCAAAGCUCACACAGAAGAUGAAAAACAGGUGCUUUUGACCCAAACAGAGACGUACUUGUCUCAUCCAUUGAGAAGAAACUCAAAGAGCUCGUCAGCUGGAACAGAAGACUAUAUCCAACGCCAUAUUCAGCUACAAGGAGGCGGUCAUGAGCAUUGUCUUCCUUCGCCGUAUCAAUCUCGAAGAGGCAGUCGUGGCACGUUGAAUGGAUACGAUCCAGAUAUGAAUCGUCCAUUUGACACCGUCUUAUCAACUUCUUCUUCUUGGCUUAGGAAACUCAGCACAAAGAAUCAACAUGAUCAGCAAACAGUUUUAGCAAAAUACGUCUAUCAACGGGACCUUCUCCAAGACCCUUGUGACAACAUCAGGAUAUGCCUAGUACAACAAAAGGCCACAACCAAAAAAUUAUACGUCGUCAAGAUCUUUGUCCACCCCUUACGCAAUGGCUUUAAAUCAUAUACAAGACGAGUCACAACAGAAUUUUGCAUCGCACACACCUUACAACAUCCCAACGUUGUCCGUGUUAUUGAACUACUACCCAAUGAACACGGUGACCUGUGCCAGGUCAUGGAAUACUGUGAUGCAGGCAGUCUUCUCAAUCUUAUAGAGCAAGUCAACAAACUUACACACGACGAAGCAGACUGUUUCCUCAAACAGGUUCUACAUGCGGUGCAAUACAUCCAUAGUGUAGGCGUGUCUCAUCGAAAUCUGAAGCCUGAGAACAUACUUUUGACCAGGCGAGGGACUUUGAAAAUUACGGAUUUUUGCUGUGCGGAAUGUUUUAGAUUACCAUGGGUGGCGCCACCGGCAUUGAAGCAAAGCCCACCAGAAAUAGUAAGCGCACACCAGCAGGACUUGAAAGGAACGAUUGCAUAUAUGGCGCCAGAACAGUUUGGGAAGACGGCAUUUGAUCCUGCGGCGGGGGAUAUGUGGGCUGUUGGGAUUGUCUAUUUCGCCAUGAGGUCUGGCCGGUUACCUUGGAAGAGAUCCACGAAUGAAGAUUCAUUAUAUCGCACGUAUACGAGAGACUUGGAGCAUGGACGGGGGAACAAAUACUUGGACCUUGUAGCGGGGGAAACUCGCCGAGAUACACUCUACUCCAUAUUGCAGCCGAAUCCUCGAAAUCGGUCUACAGCUACCCAAGCUCUUGACUCGGAGUGGAUCAGAGGCGUCAAGCUCUGUCCAGCUGCUAGUGAGAUUUGUACGGGCGAUUGA